UCUCCGACAGCAUUAUGCAGUUUCACUGAGUUCGCAGAAGGUUGGAUGAAAACACUACAGUCUGUAAUACGAUUACAAUAAUUAUCUCAUAUUUUUAUGUUUAUUUUUUUUCAUUCUACUUUCCUGACAAAAGACGUCCUUGAAUCAGUGAAUAAAUAAAUGACACUCUACUCAUUGUCCAAGUUCAUAAUCCAGUUUUCUAUUACGACUCCGACAAAUUCACAUUUCUAGACGACUUCUCUUCAAACUGUUCAAGUCUGCUGUUCUGAUCUAAAAAGACAAAUGAAACAUGUUGAUUUGUUGUGUAACAGAUGAAACGUUGUCUACCUUCAUUUGAUUACAACCAGUCAAGUCUCAGGACUCAAUAAUGGACAAAUUGACGAGUUUCGAUUCUUGGCAGUUAUUAGAUGUGUGUCCUUCUGUUGGUGUGAAGCACCAAGAUAAGAUUAAGAUGUUGUGCACUGACAUCACUGAAAGGCUUUAUGAGUGGAGAAACUUCAUAAUCACUAUAAACCGAUACACAUCCUCCGGCAACAGAACGAGAAGAUUUUGGAAUCGGAGGCGUUCAGAUUUUCUGGUUUCUGUUUUUAGUCCGAGGAGUAAGACUAGAGAUGAUGAUGACGAGCAAAUCCAAGCAAAGGUCCUACCUGUUUACCUUUGCUUUUUAAAAAAGUGUUCCUUUAAAUCUUGGUUGUUGUUAUUCUGUGUGUUAUAAUUGAUUGUAUCGUGUGUUUCUUGUGUAAUCUGUCAGCACUUUGGGUUGCCUCUUGGUACAAGAUGUGCUAUUUACGCGUUGGCCGAAAUGUAGUCUUGGAACCUCUCGGUUAUCGUCUAGCGCUGAUUUAGCUUAAUAUUUGCAGCCUGUUCAGAGCGGGCCGAGUGCUUGGCCUGUGGUGUUGCUGCUUGCAGCUUUAUCGAGACAAUAAACGUAACAAUCAACCUUUCGCUUCCUCGGGUCCUCAACGAUUGACCUGCCAUGACUUCAUUGUAUCACACAUCCUAAGUCCGGCUACUCGUAGUCACAAACACCGGUGAAAUACACGUAGCGGACGUGGAGGUAUUUUGGCGGUGGUAACAUUAUAAGUUAGUGUGGCAGACCUGGACACACACAAACAGACACAGACAAGCAGAGAGCUCUUGGUAUAUAGAUGUUGCCUCAGAUAUCCGCUGGCUCACCGGAACCCACGACAUAUUGUCUGGUGCCCCCAGAGGCUAAACGGCUGUCAGACUGAUAGCCGGUGGGUUCUGAGAUUGAAUAAUCUCUUGAUUCUUGGUUUGAAUGUGUUGAGUGUCUGAAGGAGGCGGAUGCCUGAGCAGAUCCCCGAGGCCAAAAAGUACCGAGGGACUCUGCAUGGCUCCCACUCCAAAUCUGUUUCUGCUUUUGCCAAGUGGAACUGCGUCAGUAGAACAAAGCGCACGACAGAUUUGGUUGUUAGUGUUGUUUCUGUGGGCCUGGAGGCUUUGGAGGAUCCUGCUCCUGGAGCUUAGGCUGGCAGACUCAUCUUAUGAAAUAUUUCUCACAGACAGGCCUUUAUGUAAUGUGUUUUUACAAGAUUCUUUUACUCAUGUUUGCUUGUUUAAUAAUCUGUGUUUAAUUCCUCAUUGCUCUUAAUCUGUGAUUCACAGUAUAACACUUUACUCUGAGGAAAUGUACAAUAUACAUAUAUCUGUUUUUAAAUUACUAACUCAAAGUGGCACUUUGCAGCAAAAACAAUCUUAAAUUCAUCCAUUAUUGUGUGUGAGUGUGUGUGUAUUUAUUACAUAUAAUUGCACAUACUAUAAAAUUCUUGUUUUCUUUAAAACAAAAAAAAACUUAUGUUUAAUGCAAGAACAAUUAUACAAGUAGAUUAAUAUUGAAAACAGGUUAACAUGAUCACCGGGCAGUGGCCGAUUUUUUCAACAAAAAUGACUUCAUAAGAAGGAUAUUUUAGCGGUGCAAAUGUUUAGUUAUGCCAUUUUCAGUAUACAUCCAAAUAUAUGAUCGUUAUUCGUCUUCUUUGUUGCUUCAGAGAACUAAUAAUAUUGUUUUUGUGUUUCUCCCCCACAGGAGAGACUGGUGUUAUCAGUCCUGCCACGUUUUGUAGUUUUAGAAAUGAUCAACGACAUGACAAAUGUAGAGGACGAACACCUCCAGCAGCAGUUUCACAGAAUCUACAUCCACCGCUACGAGAAUGUCAGCAUUCUUUUCGCAGAUGUUAAAGGCUUCACGAACCUCUCCACGACGCUGUCAGCGCAGGAGCUGGUGCGAAUGUUGAAUGAACUCUUUGCACGCUUCGACCGCCUCGCACACGAGAACCACUGUCUACGUAUAAAGAUCCUGGGAGACUGUUACUACUGUGUGUCGGGUCUACCUGAGCCCAGACAGGACCACGCCCACUGCUGUGUGGAGAUGGGCCUCAGCAUGAUCAAGACCAUCAGAUAUGUGAGAUCCCGUACGAAACACGACAUCGACAUGCGUAUCGGGAUCCACUCGGGCUCCGUGCUGUGCGGUGUGUUGGGACUCAGGAAGUGGCAGUUUGACGUCUGGUCCUGGGACGUGGACAUCGCCAACAAGCUGGAGUCUGGAGGGAUCCCAGGGAGGGUUCACAUCUCCAAAGCAGCUCUGGACUGUUUGAACAGCGACUACGAGGUGGAGGAGGGCCACGGGAAGGACCGCAACGACUUCCUCCGCCGCCACAACAUCGAGUCCUACCUUAUCAAGCAGCCGGAUGAGAGCACACUCAGCCUGCCGGAGGACAUCAUGAAGGAGUCGGCCAGUUCGGUCGACCGCCGGGCCAGCAGCACCACCUUCAACGAGGCGUCCUGGAGCCCAGAGCUUCCCUUCGACAACAUUGUCGGGAAGCAGAACUACUCCCAGAUGAGGGACGAGGUCUUCAAGUCCAACCUGGUGUGCGCCUUCAUCGUGCUCAUCUUCAUCACAACCAUCCAAAGCCUGCUUCCCUCUGCCAGGAUGGUAACGAUGGCGGUCCAGUUCUCAGUCCUCAUCGUCCUGCAUUCCUGUCUGGUCCUCGUCACGACGGCGGAGGACUACAAGUGUCUGCCUCUGGUCCUACGCAAAGCCUGCUGCUGGAUCAACGAGACCUACGCGGCGAGAAACGUCAUCAUCUUCAUCUCCAUCCUCAUCAACUUCCUGGCAGCCAUGAUCAAUAUCCUGUGGUGCGACUUCGGCAAGUUCGACACCUUCAGGAACCAGACGUACAACGAGUCGGCCUCCAUCCCAGACAUCUGCUUCUACCCAGAGUAUUUCGUGUUCACGGGGGUCCUGGCGAUGGUGACAUGUGCCGUGUUCCUGCGUCUCAACUCGGUGUUGAAGUUGGCGGUGCUGCUGGUGAUGAUCGCCAUCUACUCACUGCUGACCGAGGCUUUCUACACCUCCCUGUUCGUCCGCUACGACACCUUCCACCACAACACAGGGAACUUCCUGGGGACCAAAGAGACGUCUCUGCUCCUGAUGGCCAUGUUCCUCCUCGCUGUGUUUUACCACGGCCAGCAGCUGGAGUACACGGCACGGCUGGACUUCCUGUGGCGCGUCCAGGCCAAAGAGGAGAUCAACGAGAUGAAGGAGCUGCGAGAACACAACGAGAACAUGCUGAGGAACAUCCUGCCCAGCCACGUGGCCCGUCACUUCCUGGAGAAGGACCGGGACAACGAGGAGCUGUACUCCCAGUCCUACGACUCCGUGGGCGUGAUGUUCGCAUCCAUCCCGGGCUUCGCCGACUUCUACUCCCAGACGGAGAUGAAUAACCAGGGAGUCGAGUGCCUCAGGCUCCUCAACGAAAUCAUUGCCGACUUUGACGAGCUGCUCGGUGAGGAUCGCUUCCAGGACAUCGAGAAGAUCAAGACCAUCGGCAGCACCUACAUGGCCGUCUCUGGCCUGUCCCCCGAGAAACAGCAAUGUGAAGACAAAUGGGGUCACCUGUGUGAGUUGGCGGAUUUCGCCAUCGCCCUCAACGAGAGCAUCCAGGAGAUCAACAAGCACUCGUUCAACAACUUCGAGCUGAGGAUCGGUAUGGCCCACGGCUCGGUGGUGGCGGGCGUGAUCGGCGCCAAGAAGCCUCAGUACGACAUCUGGGGGAAGAUGGUGAACCUGUCCAGCCGGAUGGACAGCACGGGGGUCAGCGGCAAGAUCCAGGUCCCCGAGGACACCUACCUGAUCCUGAAGGAGAGCGGCUUCGCCUUCGAGUACCGCGGCGAGAUCUACGUGAAGGGCAUCAGCGAGCAGGAGGGCAAGAUCCGGACGCACUUCCUGCUGGGCCGCGUGCAGCCCAACCCGCUCAUCAUGCAGCCGCGCAAGAUCACCGGCCAGUACUCGCUGGCCGCCGUGGUGCUCGGCCUGGUGCAGUCGCUCAACCGGCAGAAGCAGAAGCAGAUCCUCAACGAGAACAACAACUCGGGCAUCAUGAAGGGCCACCACCACUACAACCGGAGGACAUUGUUAGCGCCCGGUAGCUCCGAGGUGGGAGCGGGGCACCACACCGAGGCAGCCGAUAAGACUGAGCUGUCCUGAAGGGAGGACCAGAGCUUCGGUUCCACGCGGGUUUCUCAGAGGAGGAGCUGCUCUACGGGCAAAAAACGAUCCCAGUGGUUGAGUUAAAACUUCAGGGGGUGCAGGUUUUCUGGACACAGAAAAGAAGGAGGAAGUCCUUCAGGAGUCAUAACAACUUUUGCCGGAGUCUUCGCCUGGUUCCAGACCUCCGGAUGGACGCACAUUUUAGUAGGUCUGGUUCUGUGCUUACUGACGGCUGUUGGAACAACAGGCAGGGUUCAGAAAAGAGACGUUAUGUUCCUCUACCAAAGUUAGAAUCCAUUCCAAACACAAAUUGAAUGAGACGCCUUCUGUUCUCGGCGUCGACAGGAUGAAGACAUUCGUAGCUACUCGUUGAGGUAAAAUGGAAUCAUGGAAACACUUUCUGACCUUCACGGUGGAGAUCCGACAAAUCCGGCCAACAAACGGGAAAAAAAGGAUGCAACCUCGAGCGGUCCGGUUUGCUCCGGCAGCAGGGCGGGGCUUGCUUCUGGCUCGACUGAUGCCGGGUCUCAAACCUUCUCAUUUUACAAAUAAACAGGACAUUAAAAUAUGUUUCUGAAACAUAAGGCGAGAAAUAAACCAAACAGUAACCGAAUAUUGAUUCAUUGUUUUAUCUAGUUUGACAGUUUGAUCUGAGUUUGACAAACUUGCUGUCUUGCGAUGGACGGACUUUAUUUGCAUAAAGUUGAGGUUGAGUCGUGAUUAUGCAAAUUUAGAUGCGGAGAACGGCCCGUCAACUCGCCGUGUCGUACCCAUCAUGCAACUGGCGACCGGCUCUCUCGCUCUCUCCAUAGAACAUGAAUGGGAUUCGUCAACUUCUCACUCGUCAACACUAAUCCGUGUCUCUCCAACAUGGUUCUACAAAGAUAGUCGUAAACACCGCGGCAGGUAUACGCAGAGAAAGCUUUAGGGUCUGUGUCCACAUGGCGCCUUUUCUGAGCGCCAUCGUAAUUUUUAAAUUGUUCCAAUGAAGAGCGAGCGUGUGCGAGCGUGUGCGGCCGCCGAGAGAAAAGCCGCUGCACCCAGCUUCUUUUUUCUGAGCGCUCUGCAUUUUUUGUGCCGUCGCUCUGUGCUUCAAGUUCAAAAUCUCUGGAGUUUUGGUAACAUCAGUGUAGUAAAUAUAGCAGAAGCUUGUUUUGUUCGUGUCCCAAACGCCCAUUUGUGGGAGAUCGGCCGGGCGGACACUGAAUGUUGCUGGUGAGCUUUUAUUACCGUAGUCUUGUUUCUCCUCGUUCUAACGUCGUCAGACUGAGCGGAGACAAGCUCAUCUGUACGAAGUAUGAAGUGUUCAUGGUGAAAAGGUCAAACAAAUAGAUAGUAGCCCAAAUAGAUCACACAAAGCAAAGGAGCGACGCUCCCUGCGGCCACCUUUCUGCCAUGUGCACACAGACCCUCACAGAGGACGAGUACUAACGGCAAGACGCGCCAACAAAGACAAAGAUGAAGGAGGUGCAUGGUGCAUGUUCAAAUUUAACAAAAGUCUUUCCAAAUGUUUCACGAAGGAAGGAGUCUGUGAGGCCUGCAGGGUGCAGAGAAACUCUGAAUGUAAACCAGGAGUUUCUACACCAGACCGACCUCGCAUUAAGAGGCUCAUUAGCAGGUUAGCUCGCCGAGCUAACGCGUUCAAACCUCUCAACAUCGAGACUGAAUGAAGUCACUUCACAAUAUUCUCACUUUUCCAGAGUCGGAAGCUUUCUCUUGGCUCCUCCCACUCAGGUUUAACUCAACCAAUGAGAUUGUUUCAGCCCUCCCGCAAACUGCUCUGCUGUUGAUGAAUGUGCGUAGAACUGAAACUCCGCUUUGUUCCCGGAAGGAGGAGGAGGAGGAGGAGGAAGAGGAGGAGGUGGGGUUAUAGGGAGGGGGGUACCGGACUGUCCCCCCCUCUCGUCUGUUCGAUGUCUGUUGGAAUGAUCCCGUCGGACUGUCGGACGUUCCUCCUGUCGUUCCCUUUUUAUGUCGCCCCAACCCAAAACCCAGACCCCCGUCCCGCUCUGACCCUCGCCCGGUGUCCAUGUUUCUUCUUUUGUAUUUCUUUUAUAUAUGAGAACACAAUAAAAGGGGUCUACUUUUUUAU